AUGGCCCGGCUGGAUGCGGCAGGACUGGUGCUGCUGCUCAGUGCCGUUCCUGAGGGAAGGCGAGGACCGGGAGGCUCAGUGCAGCAGCGGCGGCGGCGGGAGCGGAAGGCCGGUGGGCUCCAGAGGGAGCAGCUCAUCCGCGUGGGCUCCAUGCCGGCGCCCUGCUUCAAAGUCAAGCGUAACCACCGCUACAUCUUCUUCCUGGAGCCCACCGAGCAGCCGCUGGUCUUCAAGACCUCCUUCGCCCCGUUGGACACCAGCGGCAGGAACCUCAAGAAGGACGUGGGCCGGAUCCUGUGCGCCGACUGCGCUGUCGCUCCAAAACUCAAGAAACUAAAGAGCCUAAAUGUAGACAUUGGAGCAAAGGUUUCUUUGAAAUGCGAGGCAAGCGCUGGAAAUCCUCAGCCAUCCUACAAAUGGUUCAAAGAUGGCAAAGAAAUUAAAAAGAGCAAAGAUAUCAGAAUAAAAUAUGGGAAUGGAAAGAAAAUAUCUAGACUUCAGUUCAGUAAAGUGAAAGUUGAAGAUACUGGGGAAUACAGUUGUGAAGCUGAGAAUGUCCUGGGAACAGACAUUGCCACAGGCAGUCUUAUAGUCAGGAGUGUAACCACAACUCUGCCUUCUGGGCCUGGACAUACUAGACAAUGCAAUGAAACCGUGAAAUCCUAUUGUGUGAAUGGUGGAGUGUGUUAUUAUAUUGAAGGCAUAAAUCAGCUGUCAUGCAGAUGUCCAAAUGGAUUCUUCGGACAGAGAUGUUUGGAGAAACUGCCUUUGCGAUUGUACAUGCCAGAUCCUAAGCAAAAAGCUGAGGAACUGUAUCAGAAGAGAGUUUUAACCAUUACUGGGAUUUGUGUUGCGUUGCUUGUUGUGGGAAUAGUAUGUGUAGUAGCUUACUGUAAAACCAAAAAACAGAGAAAUCAGAUGCACAAUCAUUUGCGGCAAAACAUGUGUCCAGCCCAUCAGAACAGGAAUCUAGCGAAUGGCCCUAGCCAUCCUCGGCUGGACCCUGAGGAAAUUCAGAUGGUUUCCCAGUAUAUAUCUAAAAAUGUUCCUGCUACUGAGCAUGUCAUAAGAAGAGAAAUAGAGACCACCUUUUCAGGGAGCCGUUCCUGUUCACCAUCACAUCCCUCUUCCACAGGAACCCCAACUUCAAGCCAAAGCCACACCUGGAGCUUGGACCGCACAGAAAGCAUCACUUCUGAUUGUCAGUCUGGGAUGAUGUUGUCUUCUGUGGGAACCAGCAAGUGCAACAGUCCUGCCUGUAUGGAAGCUCAUGCUCGGCGGGAAGCAUCCUAUUCCAUUGAGGAACAGAGGAGGCCAAUGAUGCAAUACAGAGAUUCUGUGGAUUCCCUUCGAGACUCACCACAUAGUGAGAGAUAUGUCUCUGCCUUGACUACCCCAGCACGCCUGUCCCCUGUUGACUUCCACUGCUCAGCUUCAGCCCACGUGCCCACCUUUGAAAUCACCUCUCCUAAUUCUGCUCAUGCGGUCUCACUUCCCCCGGCUGCAUCCAUUAAUUUCCAAGUGGAGGAUCAACAGCCAUUGCUGAGAAGGUACCAAGCCCCCUGUCAAGAGGCACAGAGGUAUGAUACUUACUACCAAAGAAGGAACUAUCUGAAUGAGAGCACAGGGAGCUUGCCCUCCAGUCCCUUCCGCAUCACAGAGGAUGAUGAAUAUGAGACAACCCAUGAGUACAUCACUGCACUAGAACAGCCAAAGAGAACAGGCAGCAGCAACAGGCGGUGGAGGAGAUCUAAACUGAACGGCCACCUGUCUCACAGAGGCAGAAUGCUUAGAGAUUCCUUUUCAGUCAGCAGCGCCUCAUACAGUGAGUCUGAUGAGGAGCUGAUAGCUGAGAGCACCCCUUUCUUAAGCAAUCGGAACAUGGAGGCAACGGACACAGGUUUGAAUUGCUCAGCUGACAACAACAGAACUUUCUCUUCUUUCAGCAGAUUCAACACACAGGGUGAAAGCCAACAAACACACAGCAGAUCCAGCCAAGGUUUUACACCACCUUAGGUGUUACACACUCUUCCUCAUGUCCACUUCCAUGAAUACAUCAGUACCGAGGA